UUUUCCAACAUGUGACAACCCUACCUUAGCUUAGCAAAUUAUUAUGAAAUAGAGUGUCUUUGUUUGUGUAAAUUGCAAUUGUAAUAGUAUUGUAGGUAGAUUGGGGUCCCUACGUGAAACAAAAAACCCUAGAACUUUCUGUCUCAAAUCUGCAACCCAAAUCAAAAUAAUAGCCGAAAGCCAUUUUUCCCAUCUAGGGAGAGGGUGAUACUAUAUCAUAUAUGAUUGGGAUUAUUAUCAAAAUUAGGGUUUGAAAUUUGGAACCAUGUACAAAGAACGAGGUGUUUCUGCCUCCAAAUCGGAGGAUCGGAAGCGAAUCAACGACGUUCUCGACAAACAGCUCGAACGAUCCUCUCCUUCAACUUCUCGUCCAAUCAAUGGAAAACACAACAAAGACAGAGAAAACAGCAACAUCAUCAAGGACCCUCGUUCCGCUUCCGUUUCAAAAACUUCCAACAUCUCUGAGGAAUCUGAAACUGACAGUGAAGAGUCUGAUGUUAGUGGUUCUGAUGGAGAUGACACAUCUUGGAUCUCAUGGUUCUGCAAUCUCAGAGGAAAUGAGUUCUUUUGCGAGGUUGAUGAUGAUUACAUCCAAGAUGACUUCAACCUCUGUGGAUUAAGCAGUCAAGUGCCGUACUAUGAUUAUGCUCUUGAUUUGAUUUUGGAUGUUGAGUCAUCCCAUGGUGACAUGUUCACAGAGGAACAAAACGAGUUAAUCGAAUCGGCAGCAGAGAUGCUUUAUGGUAUGAUUCAUGCCCGAUACAUUCUGACAACCAAAGGAAUGGCUGCCAUGCUCGACAAGUACAAGAACUAUGAUUUUGGUAGAUGCCCAAGAGUUUACUGCUCUGGACAACCCUGCCUUCCAGUUGGCCAGUCGGACAUUCCUAGGUCAAGUACUGUGAAAAUAUAUUGUCCUAGGUGUGAAGAUCUCUAUUAUCCUCGGUCCAAGUAUCAAGGCAACAUUGAUGGAGCUUAUUUUGGAACAACAUUUCCCCAUCUCUUCUUGAUGACAUAUGGACAACUGAAGCCACAGAAACCAUCUCAGGGCUACGUUCCAAGAGUUUUUGGGUUCAAAAUUAACAAACCAUGAAGCUGAAGUUUGAGCUUCCAAAAUUCCCCCCUUGCAGCAUUCAGCGGAUCAAAAGCUUUUCAAACCAGUACAAUCUAGACAUCUCAUCUCUUUUACUUGUUUUAGGAGCGUGUUGUAAAGAAAUAUAUGCAGACAUGUGAAGCAAGUGCCUAGUUUCACUUUCAGCUUCAAAUUAAAAGAGCAAGUGCUUAGGUACUUGAUGAAACUUUUUAAUGGAUUAUUACAAAUUGUAUUUGGCAAUUUCUUUAAUGUUGUCUAUGUCUUUGUUACAUAGCUCCUGCCAUUUUUUAUAUUGUUUUAUUACAUUGGCAGUUGAAUUUAUGGCUUUGAUCUCAAUGGAUUCAUACAGUUCACUGAUUUA